CCGGUCACUCUCGUGCCUGGACUCCUGCCGAGCGAGUGUGUGCGGCUUGGAGGUGGAGCGAGGAUUUUACUUGUGUGUUGGGCUGUGCUUUGGGGACUGCUGGCAGCUGCUCUCAGUGCCCAUCCCUACAGCCAUCACCUGUAAUCCCCUGGCCUGCCUGGCUCAGGCAGCCAGGGCCCCACGGGGUGCACGUGCAGCAGCACAGUGCUCAUCUUCCACUGCUGAGGUGCUGGUGAGGGAGAGCGACUCAUCUUCACUCCCCAUCAGGCCACAGCGUGAAGACCAUGGCAGCAGAGGAGGCGUGGACAUGUCCCAUCUGCCGUGAGGUGCGAAAGGACACUGCCUAUGCAGCACCGUGCCGCCAUGAAUUCUGCCUCGGCUGCAUCCUGCGGUGGGCCAAGCAGAAAGAGACCUGCCCGCUCUGCAGGAGAGUCAUGGCAGUCGUUAAGGUUGCUGAGUGGGACAAUGACAACGACCUGGACUUCAUCAUCUGUCCCCCAGCACCACCAGUUCCUGCCUGCUUCCAGGCAGGCAUUGCUCAUAUGUACAGCGCCCACAGCCAUGCACCGUCUCCUCCACCCUUUCUGCUGCUGCCGGAGGAGCAGGAGGCUGUGGAGGCAGAGGAGAGGCCUAUGGUGGGCGGUCUCCUGAUGGAGGUCUGGGCAGCCCUGUUCAGGCAGCACCAAGAGAUGCUUGACCCUGUGCUGCCAUGGCUGCGCCAGGAGCUGCGAAACAUCUUUGGGACACAGUGGCGGGAGGCAAUGGCAACAGAGAGCUUCAUCCUGAACGCCCUGUGUCACAUCGGGCUGGACAGAGAGGCCCUGAUCCAGCAGCUGCGGCCUGCCCUGGGGGACAGAGCGGUGACGCUCAUCCAGGGCCUUGUGAACGCCCUCGUGAGCCAGUGGGGCGAGGAGGCCCACGGGCAGCGGGGCCUCCAGGGCGUCCACGUUUCCGGAGGGCAGGAGGAGGGCCCUGCAGCCAGGGGGCAAGAGGACAGCAUGGUGGCCGCCCCUGGCCCCGCAGCCUCCCCACCAGGGACCGUAACAUCAAGGUCUGGACCCAACGGCAGCACUGAAAAUCUCAUCAGAGAGGAGCAGCCCAGCACAUCACAGGCUGUCCUCCAUGGGGAUCUCAGUCACACCCCUGCUGUGCACGUGCUCACAGAACACCAGGAGCCCCACGAGGAGACGGAGCAGGUGGCAGCAGAAGAUCCCUCUGCCGAGGGUAGCAGUCCCUCCACUCCUGGCCAUUCGCCUGCGAGGGCCCGGCGCGACGCUCCGUGUGCAAACAUAUGA